AUGGCCUUGAUCAUUGUCUUUCAGUUCUACGACCCACAGUUGAGGUGUUUCACAUUCCAAGAUUAUCAACUGGUUCCAACACUUGAGGAAUACUCUAAUAUCCUCAACAUCCAAAUUACUGAUGAUGAUGUGCCUUUUGUUCGGGUUCCUAAGGUUGUAAGGUUUGAAAAGAUAGCCGAAGCUCUUCAUUUGGGUAUAAAAGAAGUGGAAAGAAAUUGGACGUCAUCUGGUGCUAUUCCUGGUUUCUAUCUUUGUUUUCUGAUUAGUAAGGCUGAGGAGGUGGCUAAGAAAGAGCGUUGGGAUGAUCUUGGUCGAUUGCUUGCUAUUAUGAUUUACGGCAUUGUGUUGUUCCCAUCACUGGAGAACUUUGUGAGCUUGUCGGCUAUCUGUGUCUUCAUGAACAAAAAAGCUGUGCCAACAUUGCUUGCGGAAACCUAUUUUGCUAUCCACUCUAGAAAUGGGAAGGGAGGAUAUGUUGGAGGUUUUUGUCACUCGUUUUAUCGAUGGUUUAUGUUGCAUUUGCCAGUAAAAGGGCCAUUUGUACUCAAGAAGAGUUCUCUUCGGUGGUCGGACAGGCUUGUUUACCUAACCUCUUAUGACGUCAGGUGGAAUUAUUGGGUGGGGAAGGUUUGGAACAUCAUCACCAGUUGCGGUCAAUAUUCUAAUGUUCCUCUCAUAGGAACCAGAGGUUGUAUUAGUUAUAAUCCCACACUCGCCUACCGCCAAUUGGGAUACGCAAUGGAAGGGUCUCGGAAAGAUGUAGAAGCGUUUGAAUUAGUGUAUUUUGCCGAUGGUAAAAAUCCUAUGGAGCUAGAGAAGAUAGCGUCUGCUUGGACUAAAGUUCACAGGAGAGAUCAAAUUACUCUAAGAAAGAAGGUUCCUAUUGCUAUGGGUCCUUAUAUGGAUUGGGUCAAGCCAAGAGCCAAAGAUUUGUUGUUGCCCUUUGUAAAGUCGGAUCCAUUGUACGAACAACCUCCUGUCAUCUUGUCUGAUACAGUUUUUGCUGAGCUCUACACUCAAGCCAAGGCGGAUAACAUCAAACUUCAAGCGAAGGAUAGAGAGGUUGACUUGGAGAAUUAUUUUCGAGAUCAAGAAAAGGCGGAUUUGGCUCGUAAGCUCAAGCAAGCGGAAGGUGAAGGUUCAAGCAUGGCACGAGCCCAAAGAUGUUCUUAUGAACUAAUGGAGAGAAAGUUGUACCAAAAGCAACAAGAAUGUUUGAAGUUACAAAAGUCCGAAAGCAGUGGCAAAAGAAAGAUGCGAGACUUGGAAAAGCAGUUAGUGGAAGAAAAGGCCAAGUCAGCUCGACUUGAGGAAGAGCUUGCAAGACUCCGAACCCAACGGAGAUGA